AAACUUUUUCGUCAAACAGUCUCGUUUUCCGAAGCCAGUCCGGUCUCGGGCCACACCACGCCAGCCUUCCUCCGUCGUCCGCCACCUCCUUCGGCCGCCCCCCUCUUUCGCCUUUCCCCGAGACGCAAGGCCGAAGCCGACACGAGAGACGAUGAGUCGCAAGAGGGACAAACCCUACUUCUCUCGCCCCGCCGCCUCUUCCUCCAUCUCCAAGCGCCGCCGCCCCCUCCCUCGACCCGAUCCCUCCGCCUCCGACGACCCGCCGGCGCCCAAGCCGUCGACUCCUCCGGCGCUGGUCGUGAUGGGCCUGUCCCCGAACUGCUCGGUCCUCGACCUCAAGUCCCGGUUCGAGAUCUACGGCCCGAUCUCACGCAUCCGCAUCGACCGCGACGAAGUCGGCUACGUCACCUACAGGUCCAAGGACUCCGCCGAUGCGGCCAUCGCCGCUUCCCGCGACCCUUCUUUCAGCGUCUCCGUCGAUUCCCAGAAGGUCCAAGUGUUAUGGGCGACCGAUCCGCUCGCCAAAUGGAGGGAAGGAGUUGGAGCCGGCGUUGGAGCAAAGGAGGAGAAGAAUGGCUCUACGUCGAAGCUCUUGCGAGCCGAGGUGCCUCUGAGCAGACAUGGACGAGGUAAUAAGCUCGCUUCAACUAUAGUGAAUUCUCGAAAGGGCGGUGGCGGCGAAUCUACACUUGAGGCGCCUUUCCAAGGCAGAGGAAUCGUAGCUUAUGACGACAUCCUCUAAAUCCGUGAGUCACUGUUAGAGAUGGGAACGUGAGUUGGUCCUGUAUUGGGCAGGAAGUGCAGGCAGCAAGAAUUAGGAUAUGUUAGACUAGGCUGUUAGUUCAUUUUCUGCGAUGCUUCAUAGUUUCUUAGAAAUGCAAUAUAAUGCCCCCUUCUUUGCUUAACUUGUUUCAACAGCAUAAGCGGGGUUAUUUAUCGAGUUUCUGUCUUUAUGGUUGAAAUUGAAUUUGCUUAUUUCUGAUGUAAAUUAGUUCGAGGUGUUGGUGCCUUAUUGAAUGGAAUGGAAUGUUUAAAUCUGUCGUAGUUGCAUCA